AUGAUGGACACUGAUACUACCUCAAUCCCGGAGAAUCUCUUCCGACCGGUAAAGAAAAGAAAGUUCUUGCGACGUCGUCCUGAGGGCACACCAGACGAUUAUCGCAUUGAAAAUCGAAGGGAUAACUGUGACUCAAAUCCCACCACCCCUCAGCCCCAAGCAGACAAUGAUAUCGUGCACCCUACUGAUCUUGUUCGUCUACGACGUCUUCAUCGCUUUCGCAAGGGUGGCAUUGGAUUUUCUACUACCUCACGACAGUCGGCAGACAAUGAUAAGAAAGCUGUCGUAUCCACAGAAUCAGUAGAGGAUCUCGAGGCGCAGAGGAUCCAAGCUAUGUGUGACCGAUUUACAGCACAUACUGGACAGACAGUGGAUGUUGACAAACAUAUGUACGAUCUUACAUCAUAUCCUCUUCUGUGGCUCGUGUUGUCUGUAAUGGAGACUAACAAGAUAAGGAUGUCUUAUAUAGAGACCGAAAUGGCUAAGCGACACCGGCACACUGUCCCGGAAGAUGAUCCAGAUAGUCCCUUUGUAGACGAACCUGGUGCUGCUCGGCCCACAACCGACCCUCAACGUGAACCAGCGUCUUUAGGUAAACUCCACGAGAUCGAUCUUGGCCAGGAGACCAAGCUACAGAAUAUCGCACGGACAGAGGCAGCGACAAGAAAGUUAGCAAGAGACGAUGACGAUGAGCAUCUCAGGCAUGACGACUCUCUCUUCAAUGCAGCUCCUAUGGGAAAGGACGAGAGACUACGGCGUCAUCAGAAACGACGAACCAGUGAGGAUGUGGAAAGAGACAGACUCGUAGAAGAAGUUCUGCGCGAAAGCAAACGUAAGCACUUCAACCCUUCCCAUAAUACUUUCAGCCAUGUUCCAGCUCUAACAAAGAAAAUAAUAUUUCUUGUAGUGGAUGUAUAUGAGGAACCAGAACAUGAAGCAGCGGCAGCAGGAGACGACCAAGCUGCUGAUGACAGAGUCGCCGAACAGUUCCGAAGAGACUUCCUCGAUGCCGUUCAGUCACGUCGUCGGGUGACGCGAGUGAAAAAUCCCAAGACCACGAAAGCCGAGGCACCCCGGGGUCCCAAGCUGGGAGGCAGCCGGAGUGCUAGAGCUGCGAUGCGGGAAAUGCAAGAGAAGCAAGGGCGUAAAUAA